GUCAAGCACUAUAUGAUGGCAGACGACGACCUCAACGGCCUCGACCUGCCUGAAUUUGGCUUCCUCCCUUUUGACCUCUAUGUCAUAGCAAAAUGGAACCCAGCCUCCCUCUCCACCACGCAACAAAAGAAACAGCUCGUCGAAGAGUGGAUUCAACUAGGGAAAUACGGGCGAAGACAAUAUCUCGGCGCAAUCCCACUACCAGAAGAAAUCCCGAACAACGUCCCACAAAACCUUCUAAGUCCUAGAGAACGGGCCCAUAACGGACAAAUAGAGCGUACGCUCUUUAUUCGGACGUGGUAUGGCGACUAUAAUGAUCCAGCGAGCCAGGAGAAGGCAGAUGUGGAUUAUGCCCAUUUGGUUGAGGUCAUUUCGACCGAAUAUGGAGAGAUGAGGCUUAUGAUCGAUGAGUUCUUUAUUUUUGACGACAAGGAGCAAUUCUCUUCUUCUUCUUCUAUCCUUUCUACACAGAGCAGCGAUGUUGAAUUUUCAGACGGUGUCGCCAUUCCCACACCUGGAUGUAUACCCUCGUACGUUCUCACCGCAUUGAUGCACUGUCCUGACCAGAUCGACGGUAGUCGAAUUGAGAAUCUAGGUGCCUUUCCUCCCGCUGAAGAAGUUGAAGACUGGCAGAUGCUUCUUGUACUUGUUGCAGAUCGCAAGGCGUGUGAAGAGGGAUGGGUGCUGCACUUGGCGAUCAACCACAGGGGACAGGUUCUUCCUUUCCGGAUCAGAGACGGGGCGGACUGGGUUUCGGUGAGUUGUGGGAAUUGGAGUGAUGGGCAGCAGUUGAGAGAGAAUACGCUUAAUCCUGAGGAGGACGUGGAGUUGUAUAUGGAUCGUGGAGGGAGUGGGUGGAAUUGAUAGAUCUUCUACUUUCUACAAGCUUGUAUGUAAUAGUCUUAUUAUGAUUGAAUAGAACAA